AUGAAAGUCACAGUUAAAAGUUGGACAGGUGUAGCGACUUGGCGGUGGAUAGCAAACGACGAUAAUUGCGGUAUAUGUCGCAUGCCCUUCGACAGUUGUUGCCCUGAUUGCAAGUUGCCUGGCGACGAUUGCCCUCUCGUUUGGGGCGCGUGCUCCCAUUGCUUCCACAUCCACUGUAUUGUGAAGUGGUUGCAUUCCCAGCCUCAACAGCAGUGCCCUAUGUGUCGACAAGAUUGGAAGUUUAAUAACAAG